AUGGUCGACGAACGAAUGACUUCAAGUUUAGUGGCCACGAAAUUCACGCCUCCUACUCGAAAUCUCAAGAACAAUCGAGACGAAUUGGACGCGACACAUGCUCUAAUGGAACGGACGUCACGUACGGCCACUAAGCGCCGACGAAGACGACGAUGUACACCAAUCGUGUUGUCCACACCAGCCACCACAGAGCAACUACGACAAUGGAUACUAGAGAACCGUAAGAACAUCUAUGGAGAGAAUUCAAUCACAGACGGUGACUUAGCUAGUACCAUAUUACGAUUAUUUGGCCUCGAAAGAGGUGGCUCGACAACCGCUCCAUCAACAACCGAAUCGACAACGCUUAGCACCGAGAUCAUUACCACCACUCCCACUACAACUACCGUUACAACCGCCGAAUCAACGACACCGCCCACAAUUCCACCAAUUCGUGAUGUGUGUCCUUUCAAUGCUGAACCGUUGAUGAUCGGUGAAGAUUUUUCGUUCUGUCGUGCAUCCGCGAUUGGUGACUGUCCGGUAGGAUAUCUUUGCGACCAGUCUUUCGUUCUGGGCAGAUCCAUCUGCUGUCGGGAUAACCGCAUCAGACCAAUGCCAAAUCGACCUGCAGUAGUUCGGCCCAGUUCACUGCGUCCGCCAUUCAGCUGGAAUACCAUUACACCCACAGCUUCCCCUAAAUGGAACGCCUUCACUACGCCCAAGAAGGCACCAUGGUACAUUAAAGAUAGGACAACUUGGCCUUCCGUGUACAACCGUGUCACCUCGGAAGCGACCUCUGCCGCAACGACAACCACUGAGGAGAUCACCACCACCACAACUACCGAGCCUAGUACUACUAUGACGGAAGAAGAAAUCGAGACCAGUACUCUGGUUCCUAGCACCACAACUAAGGCAGUGAAUCCAUGGGCAAGAGUUUGGUCAACAACAGCUACUCCACAGAACAGUGUCAGCGUCAGCGUUCUACAAGCAGGAAGUCUCCGACCCUUGAGGGAUGGCCAAUCCGAAACUGUCGGCGCUAUUACGCUCAUCAACGACAACGGAUUCUUGGUCCUGGUUGACACCGGUGCUUCAAGCGACACUGAGCGAUUGCUUCAGAGUCUGGCCAAAGAAAGCGUCACACUCGACCAAAUCAACACUGUAGUGAUCACUCAUGGCCACCCCAGUCAUAUGGGUAACAUGAACUUCUUUGCACAGAAACCUAUUCUGUUCCAUUCCAUGGAGUACAUUGGCCGACAUGUUACACCAACUGAACUUAGAGAGCGCCCAUACCGCAAGCUCUCGCCUCAUAUCGAACUGUGGAAGACUCCCGGACACACUCAACACGAUCUGACCGUACUUAUCCACGAUGUUGCCAGCUACGGCACCAUGGCUAUUGUCGGUGACCUAAUUCCCAAUGAGGCACUUAUCAGCGAGAGGCGCGAUAUAAUGGACGAAGAGGGCGUCUGGGAUUCCGCCAUCAAACGUCAGAACGCCAACUUGAUCAUCUGCAUGGCUGACUGGAUUGUACCUGGACACGGUCAACCAUUCCGUGUACUGCCGCACUACAGACAAAAAGCCGGCUGCACACGACUUUUGGCUCAGCGACACAUCGCGGUUUAA